UUACACGCACUAUACCCUGUGCUCAUUCCCCUUUAUACUGCUCGUGAGCGUACUUCCUUGGCAAUCUCAUUUUCACAUAUAUUGCUCUACUCUUGUGGCUAGUUUGAAAUUGGGCGGCCGAAUCUUCUGUUUCACUAUUCAAGCAAUUACCUAAACUUCUACCACCUCGCGACAGAACCAGCUCCCAACUCCGAUCAAAAUGGUUCAAAGACCAUUUCCAGCCAGUGCCGAGAUGAAGCCAUCGCGCUCUAGUGCCUCGUUUUCGCAAGACUAUAGACCUUUUGAUACACCGACACCAGAUUCAAUAAUAUCAGGACAUUUCGCUUCCCAUUGGGCCAUACUAUACAUGGAUAAAAACAACUGUUUGAGAGAAUCAUCGAAUCUUUCGUCAAGCGUCUUCUCUGAUAAGGCGCGUGAGGAAUUCAUCAUCGCCAGUGAGAAGAGUGAACGCAGAGAUAAUGCAUCUCUGUUACCUUCUGCUUCUGCCUUCAACUUCAGCCAUGUCAGCCACUCACGGCGUUCCGGUCGGGCCAAGCGCCGCAAAGGUAUUCAAGAGGAAUCACUCGUUGUUGAAUACAUGGAGCCAAUGGAGGAGGAGACAGAUCUUGUGCCUCUUGAGAUUGGCGAUACGAGAAAGGUGACGGCCUACUAUGACAGUGCCUUCAAGCGAAUGCAACAACUUAACUGUCGCAUGCUCGCCAAGGGCUUCAUUAAGCUCAUUGAGCCUCGUAAGCAGGUCAAGCAUCCUUACAACGGUGGAAAACCACCAGCAGGUUCCCCCCCAGGUACAAGAGGAGAUCCUGAGAGGACGAAGCCUGACUGGUGGCCUCAAGGGGUGAUGCACAGAGAACCAGAUCAUCUUAGAAAAGAACGUAAGUUUCAGAUCAUAUCCAUGCGAGUCCUUGAAUUUAUCUCACUAUCAUUAGUGCGAUUGAGGCUGCUUGUCCAUAUCGUUCAAAACCUUUCGCCAAUAGGAAUUACUGCGGACAAGUUGCAAGAAAUUGCAAAUGACAACAGGCGUCAAAUCAAACCCCCUGAGAAGAUUGGAAUCCUGGAUGAGCUUUUCCGUGUUCGAAGAUUGGAAGAACGCUAUGAACGGAAUGAAGUUGAUGCAAACGCGGUUAUAUUUGUGAUUGACCAUGAAGGAGCGAAAAACCGGGAACCAGAUUCUGACGACGAAGAGGGUGAACUAACUCAACAAACUCCCAAUGAAUCCGAUAAUGAAACUCUUAGUGACCAGUCAAGAAGCCCUAUCAACAUGGUUACCGCCUCUCAGCAGAUUUCACCAAUAGAUACUUCUUCAAGCUUCACCCUAUCUCCAGACGCGAAUUUUGGAGGCCAGGACCAAUCGGUACAUCACUUUCAGUCCUCUCAACCAGAGAUGAAUCAUCCGACUAUGAUUAGCACCCCUAUCUCAGCACCAAUCCUUAGCCCCACCCCCAAUCAGUACAUGACACACUCAACUUUUGCCCCUCCAACCUCGCACGAGGCAAUGCAACCUCUGACUGUCAGCCACCCACUACAGUCGCAAAUGAGCACACAGACUACCUUUCCUGGAUGGUCACCGGCUUUCCAACAAAAUAUGUUUGCGCCUGUGGAAUACCCUGUGGCAAAUCGCCAGAUCCUUCCGCAGAUGGCUUUUCCGGGAUACACUGUUUGCCCGACCCCUCACACUCACACUAUUUCAUCUCAUUCUGUUCCUGACCUUGAGCGUUCUCAAAUGGAUUUAUUCAACAUGGGGAGCAUACCUUUUCGGUCCGGGUCCCUGAGCCAUCCUAAUGUCCUACCGCGUCCAGACAAUGGCCGAGCUCCGUCACUGUGAGUUGUCAGGACAAACGCUACCACGAUUUUAUGAUUGAAAUGAGAACCCCCAGGACUUCAAAACAACAUAUCCAAUGAGGGCGCUGGUGGAUACCUGAUUAUUUGCUUAACAUGAAAGAAAUUUGGCUUCAUGAAUAUACUUUUUGCGCCUAGCGGUCGAUACUUCAACCCCAGUGAAUAUCAAAGGAGUUCAACACAACCUUACUUGCCUGAGUUAUACAUAAAUUUAUACA